GUCAAAGUUCACCCCCCCUCUCUCCCCUCUAACACAAAAACCCUUCUGCCUGGUUCGCUUUGCUUCACUAACGUCCGCAGCUGGAAGGGUAAAAAGGUUCUCAAAGAGCCGUCAGAAGGGAAGAUGAAGAGCUGCGAGGUCGUCGUUCUUUUGCUCGCUCUUCUCUGCGUGGGCCGCGCUGCUCCGUUGACAAGCUGUGACACUUUGCUGAAGCCGAUAAGCAUCAGCAAUGAACAAAUGUUGGGACGCUGGCUGUACAUCGGGGGGAGCUCCGACCUCCCGGGAAGUCGAUCUCUGGGACAUCUGCUCAACAGCAUCUGGUUGGACAUCCGCGCCACCUCCCUCAGCAACGUGCUCACCAUCUUCCAGACGCAGAGAAUCUAUGGUGAAUGUUCCGGGAUGAUCUACAACGUGACCAUGCAAAACAGCACAUUAUUGAUUGAGCAUCCGUUUUACCUCAAGGAAGUAUACCUGGAGACAGACUGUGCAGACUGCCUGGUGGUCUAUGAAGAAGUCAAAACCAGUCAAGACUCCUUUAAGAGUCUUCUGCUGUUCAGCAGGCAACGGAGCGUCUCACUUGCCGACGUGGAGAUGCUCAAGAUGCAAGCAAAGUGUCUCCAGAUGCCCUCCCCACUCAUGAUGGACCCGAGCUAUGAAAUCUGCCCAGACAACAUUGCAACCUCGGAUGGACUUGCUGCCUUCAACUCGUUGUUAGAGGCCAAGAUGGGACAGCGGGUUGCGAAGCUUCUCGACCAACUUUUUGACUUCUUUAUCAACUGAUUGUUGGAAAAUACUUUGAUAGCAUUGUGCACGCAUCUGCUAGUGUACACGCUCAAAUCAAACAAGUAGUGUGUUGCUCUGAUUUACUAAUAAAGUUCACUCAUAAAAUAAUACUUU